AUGAUGAAAAAAGGAUGGAAAGAAUAUAUUGAAGAAAAAGGAAUAAGUAAAGAAUAUAGUCAAAUUUUUAUUGAUGUAAUGUAUAAAGGAAUUGAUUUAAAUAGUAUUGAACAUAUUAUUGAAGAAUUAUAUUCAACACCAAAAGAAAUUAAUGAAAAGAAAAAUAUUAUUAAAGAAAUUGGAACACAACAAGGAAUUGAAAUGAAAGAAUUUAUUCAUCCAAUUAAUUAUUUAAUUGAAAGUAUUGAAUAUCAUCCAAAUGUUAAUAGUAAACAAGGAAGAAUUGGAAUGAAACAAAGUUUAAUAGAAAGUAUUAUUCUUUUAAUAAAAGAAGUAUGUGAAAGAAAUAAUAUUAAUGGAAAUUAUCAAGACAGUAAAAUUAUGAAAGAAAUUUUUAAGUUAUCAAUUAGUUAUAUUAAUAAAUUUAUUGAAAAUGAAGUAAUAGAAGUUGGAAAGAAAUUAUGUGGAGAUACUUUAAGUGAACCAAUGAUGAAACAAGCAAUUUUACCAAUUAUUGAUGACUUUUUAGAAGAUUUCUUAAUAGAAUAUCAAAGUAAGAAAGAAGAAUAUAAAAUUGUUAUUCCAAAUAUUAGAGAAUAUUUUAAAGAAAUGAAAAGAAUUAUUGAAGAUAUUGAAGUUCAAAAACAACAUGGAAAAGUUGGAGGUGAAAUGUAUUAUUAUCAACAUAAAAAUUAUUACAGAGAACCAAAUUUAAUUACAUAUUUUAAAUGUGCUACAGAAAUUACAGAUAAAGAAGUUAAUGAAGAAAUUAUGAAUUAUAUAAUUGAAUUAUGUAAUGGAAAUAAUACUAUUAAAGAUGAAAUAGAAACAAUUAUUGAAGGAAAUGGAAAAGAAAUAUUUUCAAAAUGGGGUAUUCAAAAUAUUAUUGGAUUUAAUGACAAUGAUAAUAUCUUUAGAAUUGCAGAAAGUUCAACUACAAUUCAAUUUUUUAAAUUUAUUAAUUCAAUUAUGAAAGUUAAUGUUAUUACUGGACAAGUUAGUGUUAAUGGAGUUAUUGAAGCAUUUUCACAAGGUAUUGAAGAAGUAUUUAAGAAAUAUCCAAAUUAUAUUGGAAAAUAUUUUAAAGUAAUUACAGAAUAUUCAUUAGAAAAUGGAGAAUUUAUUACUAUUCUUAAUACAUUAAAUGGUUGGUUAGAAAAAUUAAAUAAAGAAUAUAAAGAAUUUAGUUAUAAAGAAAUAGAAGGUAUUUCAUCAUUACUUGAAGAAAUUCAACAUAUUAUUAUGAUUAUUCCAAAGAAAGAAAAAAAGAAUGAAACAAGAAAUCUUAUUAAAAAAGAAGAAGGAAAUGAUGAUAUAAUUAAAAGAGAAGAUAAAUGUAGUAAAAAAGAAUAUACUGAAGAAUUUAAACAACCAAUGUAUCAUUGUUAUGUUUGUGAUAUUGAUUGUUGUAAUUCAUGUAUUAAAAAUUGUCAUGAAGGACAUGAUACUAUUUAUCUUGGUGAAGUAACUACUAUUUGUGGAUGUGAAUGUAAAGAAGAAGAAGAUAAAAAGAAAGAUAAAAAACGUAGUAAUGAUGAAGGAGUUAAAGAUAAAAAACAACAAGCUAUUCUAAGAGCAUUAAAUAGAGAUUAUACAAUACCUAAAUUAAUUAAAGAAUUAAUAGAACGAAUUGAAGAAACAAAAGAACAUUAUAAAGAAGAGAAAGAUAGAAAUCAAAAUGUUUUAAAAAAUAAAGUUAUGUUACAAAAUGAAGGAAUUGGUAUUGGAUAUGAAGAAACUUUACUUAUUGAUAAAAGUCAUUUUAAAAUGAAAAGUAGUCAAAAUAUGAGAAUUGUACCAAUGGUAUCUAAAGGAAUUAUUAAACAAAAUUUAAUAUGUUGUGAUGAUGAAACACUUUAUUAUGUAAGAAAAGGAAAUGAAAUUGAAAUGAAUAAUAUUCAAAAACUUCUUUCAUUAAAAGGAAUAGAAAGAAUAGAAAAUAAUGAAGAGGAUAAUGUUAUUGAAGUUCCAUUUGAAAUUAUUAAUAUGAUUCGUUGUCCAGAAGAGAAUAAAAAGAUAUUAGUUAAUGGAUAUAGAAAUGCAGAAAUUAUUAUUAUUGGAGAAAAUGAAGAAGAACAACAAAUUGAAUUAGUUAUGGAUAGUACAGAUAAAGAUGUUUUUAUUAAUUGUAUUGAAUGGAUAGAUAAAGAACGUAUUGCAAUUACAACAAGAAAUUCAAUUAAAAUAUUUGAAAUUAAUAAAAUUAAUGAAAAUAAUAGUUCCAUUAUUGAACCAAGUAUUGAUUAUAAAAUUCCACAAGGAGAAAUUUUAUCAAGUGUUAUUAUUAAAACACCAAUUAUAAGAAGAAUUAUUAUUAGUACCACUGAAUCAGAAUUGUUUUAUCAAGAUAUUCCUAAAUCAUUUGAUGAAAAUAAUAAAGAAGAAAUUAUUCAAAAAGAAUUUAUAAUAAAACAUGAGAAAGAAUUAUUUAUAAUGAAAUAUUUAGAAAGAGAAAAUAUAUUAAUAUUAAGCAAAGAAACAUUAGAAAGUUAUUUAAUUGAAUUGAAUAAUAAAGGAGAAAGUUGUAAUGAAGUAGAAACAAUAUUUGAAACAUUACCAACAUAUUUUGUUGAAACAAGUAAAAAUACAAUGAUUAGUAAUUGUCAAGAGAAUAAAAGUAUUAAAUCAUAUAAAAUUAUGAAUAAUGGAUUAAAUUAUAUUAAAUUAUAUGAAAAAGAAGAAAUUGGAGGAAUUUGUUAUAGUAAUAAAGAACAAAUAAUAUUUAUUGGUAUUUGUAAUGGAACUCUUAUUGGAUUAAAAGAAACAGAAGAAAUUGAACGAAUUAAUAAAUUAAAACCAAUGAGAUCAAAUAAACAAAGAUUUUUUGAAAAAAUAGAAUAUAUUAAACCAGAAGAAUAUGAAAUAAAAGAAGAUAUUAAAAGAAUUAUUAUUCCAGAAGGUAGAAUUCAAUUAUAUCAUUGUAGUAUUAAAUGUACAAAAGAAGUUAUUCGAGGAAUUAAAAUUUAUGUUGGAAAAAAAGUACCAAAACAAAUUAAUUUUAAAGAAAGAAGUUAUCCAAUUGGAGAAGGAGAAAGAUGGUAUGAUAUUGAAUUAAGAAAAAAAGAAUCACUUUCAAGUGAUAAUAUUAAUAUUAGUUAUUGUUCUACAAUUAAUGAAGAAGAUAAUAUUUCAAUUGAAGAUAUUGAAAUUUAUGGAGAAAGUAAAGAAGAAUUUAAUUAUGAAGAAAGAAAAGUAAUUGAAGAAAUGAAAAAAGAAGAUAAUAAAGAAGGAAAAGAAAAUAAUAUUUUUGAAGAAAGUAUUAAAAUGGGAAUUGAAAUCAUUGGAAUAAUUUAUAAUAUUACCAGAAGUACUAAAGAUAGAGAUGAAUAUAAAGAAGAUAUUAUUAAUAAAGUUAAAGAAAUUUAUAACAAAGGAUAUAAAGGAAUUAAUAAAGCAUGUCAAGACACAUUAAAAUUACUUUCAGUUGAUGAACAAACAGAACAAAAAAUUAUAGAACGAUUUAAAGAAAUUAAUGAAGAAAUGAUUAAUUCAAAUGAUAAUAAAGAAUGGAAUAAAUGUUUAUUAUUUAUUUAUGAUAAUCAAAAUAAACGACCUAAUAUUCUUUUAAAAUAUCUUAUUAGUAAUCCUAGGUUUAUUACAAAUUUCUGUAAUAAUGUUAUUGAUAAAUACAAUGAAUUAAAACCAAGUAUUAUUAGUAUUCUUAUUAAAAUUUUAUUAAGAAAUAUUGAAAUUAUUGAAAUUUCAAAAAAUCAUUAUAAACAACAUUUUGAAGUUAUUAAAACAAUUGUUUUAUUACCACAUCAAUUAUCUGAAAUGGCAUUAAUUACAAUUUGUCAAUAUUUUACAGAAAAGAAACCAAGAUUAAAAGAAAUUGAAUAUACUAUUAGAAGUAUUAUUCAAGAAAAUAGAAUUAUUGCUGUAGAAAAACAAAUUGAAGUUAAAGGAGGAGAAAUAGAAUUUGAAUAUGUUGAAAAUCUCAAAGAAACAUUAAAUGUAAUGGUAAAUAAUAAAAAUAAAGGAAAAGAAGAAAAAUUACAAACAAUUACAGAAACAAAAGAAAUGGCAAUUAAUAAAAUUAUUGAUGAAAGAGAACCAAUAGAAAUGAAUGAAAUGAUUUAUGGAAUUAUUAAUGGUAUUUUAGAAAUAAUGAAUCAAAUUCAAGAAAAGAAUAAUAUAUUUGGAAUGAUGGGAGUUAUAUUUUAUUGGAUUAUAACUCAAAAGAAUUAUAUUAUAAAAGAAGAAUAUGUUGAUACAUUAAUAGAUAAAAUGAUAGAAUUGAUUAAAGAAAAUAAUGAAGAAAAUUCAUUUAUUAUUAUUAAAUUAAUAAGUUGUUUAUUAAGUUCAUUAGAUAUUGAAUAUUAUCAACAAUAUACUCGGAAUGAAUUGACUAAUACUAUUUAUUCAUUUAAACAAGGUAUUUUACCUAAACCAUCAGUUUCAUUAUCAAGAACAAUUGCUAAAUCAAUUAUUAAAAAUAAAAAAGGAAUAGAAAAUGAAUUUUAUCAAUUAUUUAAAAAAGAAUAUACUAAAGUUAUUAAUGGUGAAUUAAAACCAGAAAGUAAAGGAGAAAAAGGAAUUAUUCAUAGAAAACCAAUUAGUGAAAAUAAUGAAUCAAUGUUUGAUGGUAUUGAAAUGAAAAUUAUUGAAAAUAUUAUGUCAACUAUUUAUUAUUUAUUUAAUUAUAAAAGAGAUAUGGAAAUUAAAGAAAAUAAUGAAAAUAUAUGGAAUGAACCAAUAAGAGAGUUAGUAAGUAAAAAUGAAUUUCAUAAUAUUUCAUAUUCAGGAAAAAGAAUGUUAUAUCAAUUUGGUGGUGGUGCUUAUGCGUUCCAUUUAAAAAGUGAUUCAGAAAUGUAUCAACAAUCAAUUCCAAAGAUUAUUGAAAUAAUGAAUCAACUCAUUAAAAAACAAGAAGUUAAAAAUGAAAAUGAAUUUAAAGAAGAAAUACAUAAAAUUAUUAGAACUUCAUUUAAACGUCCAAAUUUAUUCCAACAAUACAUUAGAGAAGAUAAUGAAAUCUUUUUAUUGAUGAUUGAACUUCUUUCAAUGAACCUUCAUAAUAAUAUUAUUAUUUUAUUAUUACAAUUACUUAGAAGUUCUUUCUUAAUUAAUGUAGAUAAAACUAUUAGAGAAAAACCAAUUAAAUAUGGAAUUACUCAACUUCAAACAAUUAUUGAAGAACGUCAAAAAGUUGUUGAAGAUUUAGAAAAAAAUAAAGAUUCAGAAAGAAUUUUUGUUGAAAGUAUUUGUAAAGAUUCUCAUAUCCUUCAUAAUAUUAUUCUUUCUUUAUUACAAUUAAAUGAUCAAUUAAUUAAUGUUGAAUUAACUAAAUUAAUUGAAAGUAUUGGAAAUUUAGCUAAUCAAUAUCAACGUGAUACUUUAUUAAAUAUUUUAUGGGAUUGUUAUCCUAAAUUUAAUACAAAUUCUACAUUAUUAUCAAUGAUUAGUACUAUUUCAUUCCUAAAAGCUCAAGGAACUUUAAAGAUUGACCAUUCUAUUAAUCAAUAUUUGAAUUAA